UCAAACCAUAGAACAAAAAUAUAACCUAACUUUGAACGUCAAUAAAUUUUAUGUUUCUAAAAUGUUUCUAAGCAGUGUUCUAGUCAGAUCAAAAAGGAUUUUAAAUGAGAAAACCAUAUCUAAUAUUAGAGAUCUCACCUUAAUUAAUUCAACAACAUAUCUAACAAGAUCCAAACAUACAACUCAAAAGAAAUCCCCUUUAUUAUCUUCACAAUUCCACAGGGUUCAUUUGCCAAAACCGCAUUUGUUGUAUUAUUCAACAGACAAACCAAGACCCAAAAAGCCCUCUGAAUGUAAUGGUCAAAUGACAACAGCCCAAAAAUUAAAAAAAGCUGUAACUGAUUACGGCACAACUGUUAUAGUUUUUCACAUAUCCAUAUCACUUGCUUCUUUGGGAACUUGUUACUUCUUAGUAUUAAAUGGACUGGAUGUCGUAGAGGUGAUGAAAUUUGUGGGCGUGAAUGAGGAAAGCAGCACUCACGCAAUGAUCUGCAAUGCUGGAACAUUUGCUGUUGCAUACGCCUUGCACAAAGUUUUUGCACCUGUGAGGCUCACAAUUACUUUGACAACAGUCCCAUUCCUUGUCAACUAUUUAAGGCAGAAAGGCAUUUUAAAGAAACCAAUAAAAUAAUUGUUCAAACAUUUUUAUAGAAUGUGAUUAAUUUUAAAAUAAUUUUGGAUUUUUUUUAUUAUUUUAUACAUAUUUUAAGACUAAUAGGACACUUGUUGUAUUUGAUAGUUAUUUUGUUUAUAUAUUGAUAUUAAAUAUUACAUAUUUUGA